CAUUGUCCGGCGCGUAAAACCGUGUUACCUCCUAAACCAGCAAACUCUCCGUGCGCUUUUAUCCACUCGCUCCUGACGAGGUGAGUUUGGAUCGCAUGUAAUCGAGCUAAACCGAGGUAAAGUUCACCAGCUCUUCUGUGGCGGAGCAGAGCAGAGCUCGAUGGGACGUCCUUACCCCUGAAACCAGCAGCCUACGUCGAUGACAGAUUCUCUCCUCUGAGACAGAUGAGCGGAUGCUCAGUGAGUAGGCAUUCUCUCGCCUGGAAAGUGUUGUUCUAUUUGUUCUCCGCGCAACAGAGCGCACUGUUUUAACUCUUGCCGACGCGUGCCGAGCAUGGCCUUUCACUCGCGUCUGUCCGAAAAAGAGGAAAUGACACACUCGUUAAUGAAGAAUGAGCUUGACCGUUCGGAUACCGUGGACUCCUACGCGUGUCCGACCACCGCCGAGCUCAGCGAGGCAGUGUCAGUGUCCUUAGGGCUGGAUUCGGUGUCUUCUCCGCUCAACAACAACAACCAUUGCACCGGCUGCGCCUUCCCAGGCUGUGACUCCUCCGUCGCGGGGAACGGAACUUCAUCCCGGACGGUGUCAGAGUUAGGAGCAGCCGCAAACGCGAGCUCGUUGUGUGAGGACGACUUUGGAGAAGUGUGCCACGGCAUACAGCAAGUGAGCUGCAUGGAUAUGCUCAGAGCUGGCGAAAUAAUGGACGGAGCGCACGGCACCGUGACGCGCGGCCCGGUGAUCUCCAGAUACGUCUGCAAGGAGUCAAACUUGUUCGCGAGCCCCGUGGCGGAGCUGCCCGUGUCCUCUCAUGCGGACGAGCUCCUGCCUUUUCAGAAACACUACUCUGCCUACUCUGCCCACCCGAACCUGCACAGGGACGCUCCGGGUAUGUGGUGCGCAAACGAGCGCGCACACGGCGGCCGAUCCGAGCCGGAGAGAGGCGGAAACGCUGGACAUAAUUUGUUUGGUAAAUACUGUAAUUGUGUGCAAACCUCUCUCGGAUCCAGACAAGAAUGCCACUGUGUCUGGUACGGCAAGGGCGAGCAGCAGCAGUGCGGUAAAGGUGACAUACGAGGCGCGAUGGCACAAGGGUACGGCCAAGUUGAAAGAUACCAAAGUGCAAUCGCUCAAGGACAAGCCACUUUUCCCACUAUCAAGACGGAGCCAUCUGUCUGGGUGGACUGCUCAGACCGCACUUUCAGGCAUGAGAAUUUAUUUCCAGCUGUGUACCUGUCUGACAGGAGAGUGUGUCAGGUGUGCGGCGACGAUGCCUCGGGUUGUCACUAUGGAGCAGUCACCUGUGGCAGCUGCAAAGUGUUCUUCAAGAGGGCUGCUGCAGGUAAGCAGAACCACCUCUGUGCCAGCCGUAACGACUGCACCAUUGACAAGCUGAGGCGGAAAAACUGCGCCUCGUGCCGCCUUAAGAGAUGCUUCAUGUCGGGAAUGAGUCUUAAAGGUCGCCGGCUGAAGGGAGCCGGACAGACGAGGAACGGAGAGGAGGAGCAACCUUCCGCCACCUGGGGGCCCGGAGAUAGACAAGAGAGGUCCGGGAAGAAAGAUUUAAUCUUGGAGGCCGGAAGUGCAGCUGCCAGAGCUCAAGCGUCCCAGGCCCUGGCUCUAAGCAUACCCCCGACCCUGCGCUCCUGCCUAUCACUGCUCAGCGUCCUGCAGGCCAUCGAGCCAGCUGUGGUCAAUGCCGGACAUGACCAUGCGCAGCCAGACAGCCCUGCGUCACUUCUCACCAGCCUCAAUGAGCUUGGGGAGAGACAGCUGGUAACUGUGGUGCGUUGGGCCAAGGCAAUACCAGGUUUCCGUGACCUGCAUGUAGAUGAUCAGAUGUCAGUGAUUCAGUUGUCAUGGAUGGGGGUGAUGGUGUUCGCUUUGGGCUGGAGGUCCUACACACUUACAAACAGUUCCAUGCUCUACUUUGCUCCAGACCUCGUCUUCAAUGACCACCGGAUGCAAGUGUCCAGUAUGUAUGAACACUGUGUGAGAAUGAAGCUGCUCUCCCAGAGGUUCUGCAUGCUGAAGGUCACCCAGGAGGAGUUCCUGUGCAUGAAGGCGCUGGUCCUCUUCAGCAUCAUGCCAGUGGAGGGUCUAAAGAGCCAACGUUGUUUUGAUGAACUGCGGACCUCCUACAUCAAGGAGCUGGACCGUUUGGCCAGCCACAGCGGAGAGACCACCCGUACACAGAGGCUGUUUCAGCUCACGCAGCUGCUGGACUACCUCCAGUCGGUUGUUAGGAAGCUGCACCAGUUCACCUACGAUCUCUUCAUCCAAGCUCAGUCCCUGCAGACACGCGUCAACUUCCCGGAGAUGAUCUCGGAGAUUGUGAGCGUGCACGUGCCCAAGAUCCUCUCCGGCAUGGUCAAGCCCAUCCUUUUCCACAAUACGGCCUAGAGUUAGAAAGAGAGAGAGAGAGAGAGUCCCUACACUUAGUCCUCCGAGAGAGGAGUCAUGAUUUUACGAGGUGAAAGAAGUAUAAGCCCCUCUUUACAGCGAGGCUACGAGCGGGUUUUAACAGAAGGGAAUACUGCACAUUCUUCCAGCCUAAUCUAAUCUAGUUACAUCUACUCUGUGCUUCUCGCUGCCUGUUCUCUGUGUCACGCACAGCAAAUGUUUCUGGAGCUGAUUAAAACACUAUUUAGCAUGCAUUCCUCCACGCAAAGCCCAUGAGUGGCCAGUGGUCUGGCACGUAGACUUCCACAGCCCUUCAUACAGAUUGUGACAAGAGGCCAUAUUUCAUUCUGAGAGGUAGGACAGUAAAGGAAAGCUUUCUUUUUUCUUCUUGCAAAACUCACAUCACCGUAGCUUGUCUGUGUUUGCAGUAGUUUGACAUUUGGACUGGCCUUUUUCUUCUUCUUCCCCACAAUGAAUGUUAUUGUGUGCACCUGAGAUGAACAAAGUCGUUGAGUGACAGUUAAUAAUAGACGGUUGUGACAUGCAUGCUAAGAGGCAGCGCCAUAUGAAGACAUUUCUGAACACUGUUCUCGAUCGUAUAUUUAACAGUCGACUGGUUUAAGGUGGCGACAAAUGAAAUGCACUUUUGAAGUGACAGCAUUGAUGCUAAUUUCAAAUGUAUAUUUGUCAAAAUGCCACAGCAGAAACAAUGAAGAAGAUAAUUGGACAAAACUCAACGUUCUCCGAAGACUCGUCAGUCGACUAACACUAAAUGAUGACUUCAUUUUUUUAAGGUUUGCUUGUUUCCAAGUGUCAAAAUGUUACAGAUUUUUCCAGAGUGGGCAUUUCAUACUGUUUUAACUUUUCUACGGUUUCUUAAAGCGUUCUUUGCAGGUGCUUUGUUGUGUAUCAUCGUGUACUCGUCGUAGCUUUUUGACAGUUUCGCUAAACGUCCAAUGAAUCUGCUGAUUUUUGUUGUAACAUUUACGGCCUAACAUGUAAUAAAACUGAAGCAUGAGUGU